AUGCCAUCAACAAGGAGACGCGAGGAAAAGUCGGCGGCGCCAAGCCCCUCUCCAGCGCGUGCGUUGCGCGCACUGAGCGCUGCUUCCGAGACGAGCGUCACUAGCGGCGCACACGUCCCGGACAGCGUGGAGGAGACCGAUGAGGAACAUGUCGAGGAAGACGAGCACACCGAGGAGCAUGACGAGGAGAGUGCGGAGCAGGAGGAUCCCGAGGAGCAGGAGGGUGAUAAGCGCAAGCCGACACUCCAGGAGAGGCAGGCCAAGCUGAAGGAGCUCCGGCUGCGAAUGGUGACCGCGAACCGCAAAGAUCUCGUCGAGGACCACCAGAAGUCGAAGGUCACCGCCAAGGAGCUUCAGCGCCUGGAGAAGCAGAGGAAGCUGGCGCAGACUCUGCGUCUGAAGGCGGACGCUGAGGAGAACGGCGUGGAUCUGGAGCGGAAGAAGGCUUGGGAGUGGAGCAUCGAGCAGAACGAGCAGUGGGAGAAGAAGCAGGCUCAGAAGGACGGCAACGAGGACGGAAGCUUCAGCAACUACCAGGACCACGCCUGGCGACGGUACAACAAGAACCUGCGCACGACGAAGCCCGACCUCAUUGCGUACAACAAGCAGAAGGAGUCUGCUCUCGGCCUUGCUCCCGGCACCCUCGUCCCCGCGGGCGCGACGAACGACUCACUUGCAGCUGCCGGGAGCUCCAAGUCUGGUCUCUCCGGUGCCGAGGACCUCUACCGCAACUCCGAGACCAUGUCCUACGGCGACCACAAGCCGAGCGACGACGCCGUCGACCGUGUCAUGUCCAAGAUCAACAAGGAUGUCACGAACCGCCGCAGGAAGAAGGACAGCGACGACGAGUCAGGCGACGUCACGUACAUCAACAAGCGCAACAAGGUGUUCAACAAGAAGGUCGCGCGCUACUUCGACAAAUAUACCAAGGACAUCCGUGCCAAUCUCGAGCGUGGCACUGCGCUCUAG